CGCCACCCUCCGUCUCGCGUGCCACACCGCCACUCGCGCCCGGAUCGACCCACCGCCGCCGUCCACGGACCGACCAGCCGACGCCGCCGCUCCCGCAUCUCUCAUCCAACGCCGACUCAUCUCGCCUCCCCUCCCCUCCCCUCGUAGUCGGCACAGUCGUCCUCGCGCAGUCCAAGGCCAGGUCGUCGCCCCUGAGUUCGCCGCCUCCCAACGCACCUGAGCACGCCAGCUCCUUGCCGCCACGACUGACCAUCGCGCCGUUGUUCCCCGACCUCCCCGCAGUCACUGCUUUUAGUCGCCGCCGUCGAAGCCAACCACCUCGCCGCCCUGACCAAGACCACGACGCCGCUGUCUCCGAGCACACAGAUCGAGACACUGGUCGGUCGAAUUUGCACCGGCCCAGUCCAGUCCAGUCCAGCCCGAACACUGCAUCGACUUUGCACAGUACGAUGAAGAUGUCAGUACUCAUUUGUUGCUUAUGAGAGAAAGCAAAUGCAGGGCAUCUCACCAACUUCGAAGUUCUUGACUUCUUACGAACUAGAGGUGCAAAAACUGAUCCCAUGGGAUGUUUGGGGGCUGUUGCUGCAUCAGAGUGCAAGGUAUACGAGUACCUCCUAAAAAUUCCUGCUUGCAACCAAACAAGGGAAUCAGUUACUGAAUUUGCAAACAGAUGUGAGGGUUUCAAGCUUACCGAUGCUGACAAGCAAAAUAUUAUCAAUUGGAGGCCAACCUCAGUUGCUGAUGUUUAUGCGAGGGUAGAGGAGUGUGGGAAAAGAUUCAGCAAGCAUGAGCAAGGAGGGGCGCAGAAUGAAGAGCAACGUGCCAAGGAACUAUUGGGUCUUGUAAAUGAGGUUUUUCCACGACCACCCAUUAAGCAAGAGGAUGAACUGGAGGUGGAUAUGAAGGACAUCUGAAAGGGUCUCCGUGCGAUGGAGAUUUUCAGAUCAGCCUGUAGCUUAUAUCUGCAUACAUUUUCUAGUGUUGAGGGGCAUCUAGUUUGAGACAUCCGUGUCAGAAUCGACAAUUUCACCUAUGAGCUUCAAUGGCAGUCGAGGAUCUGUUGGCCCUUGUUGGAAAUGAGAAUGAACUUGACAUUUCCUUUGCUGUAAACUCGAUUCCCACAUUUAUCGUAGCUCCUUGUUGAAUGAACGAA